AAAAAGCAAUGCUCAAAUAAUAAUGUCUUAAAUCAAAUAAAUCAAAUGAUUUUCAUUCAGUGCAAUUCAAAAGCUGUUUUAAUCAAAUAAAAACAAAACGAAAAAAAUAAUGACUAGUUCAUUACAUCAACGUACGAUGGCUAGCCAUCAAGCAAGAAAAAAAACCGUAUCAUAUGUAAUACGUUCGGAACAAGAACGUUAUCAUCGUUCCGGUAUAAAUUCAUUACAAUAUGAUCCGCAUUUAGGAAGAUUAUAUUCAGCUGGUAGAGAUUCAAUAAUACGUAUUUGGAAUGUUUAUAAUCCAAAAACAAAAUCAUUAAUGCAACCCGGUAGCCAUAUGCAACAACAGCCAAUAAAAUCAUCAUUAUCAAAUGUUUGUGGUAAUAAUAAUAAUAAUAAUAAUGGUAUGAAUUAUUCAUCAUCAUCAUCAUCAUCAUUAUCUCAUACUGCUCAUCAUAAUCACCAACAUCAUCACCAAGAUGAUUACUAUCUAUGCUCAAUGGAACAUCAUACCGAUUGGGUUAAUGAUAUUGUUUUAUGCUGUGAUGGACGGAAUUUAAUUUCCGCUUCUUCAGAUACUACUGUUAAAGUUUGGAAUGCUCAUAAAGGUAUUUGUAUGUCUACAUUACGUACACAUCGUGAUUAUGUUAAAGCAUUAGCUUAUGCUAAAGAUAAAGAAUUGGUUGCAUCGGCCGGUCUAGACAAAGCAAUUUAUCUUUGGGAUGUUAACACUUUAACACAAUUAACUACAUCAAAUAAUACAGUGACGACAACAUCGUUUACUGGUAAUCGUGAUUCAAUCUAUUCAUUAGCAUUAAAUCCAGCUGGUACAAUAAUUGUUUCUGGUUCAACCGAAAAUGUUCUUCGUGUUUGGGAUACACGAACAUCAAAUAAAAUAAUGAAAUUACGUGGUCAUACCGAUAAUGUACGAUCAUUGGUUAUUAGUCGUGAUGGUACACAGUGCCUAUCAGCCAGUUCAGAUGGAUCUAUUCGAUUGUGGUCAUUAGGCCAACAACGUUGUAUAGCGACCAUUUUGGUUCAUGAUGAAGGUGUUUGGACAUUACAAGCCAAUGAAACAUUCAAUACUGUUUAUUCGGGUGGUAAAGAUCGUCGUGUAAUGAUGACUGAUGUUCGUCAACCUCAAAAUCGAACUGUGAUAUGUGAAGAGAAUGCUUCCGUUUUGAAACUGUUACUAACACCGCCAGAUCAUCGUUAUAUAUGGGUGGCUACAACUGAUUCCUGUAUUAAAUGCUGGUCAUUAACCAGUAAUAAAAGAACAUCUUUACCAUCAGAUUGUAAUAGAUAUACGAAUGAAUUAGUCAACGUUUCUCAAGCACAAUCUUCAACAACAAUAAUGAAUGGUUCAUCUAGCAAUAAUCAUCGUAAAAUAUCGAAUGCAUCAUCGAUCUCUUCCACAUCAUCAUCGAUUACUGAAUCACAAAAAAGUAAUGAUUCAUUACAAUUACAACCACUUAAUCGGCGGCCAGAAUUAAUAAUACGUGGUAAUCCUGCUAUUCGUAGCUAUCACAUUCUUAAUGAUCGACGUUAUAUUAUUACCAAAGAUAAUGAUGAUAAUGUAGCCAUAUAUGAUGUCCUUAAAGCAUCAAAAGUAGAAGAUUUAGGAAAAACAGAUUUUGAUGCUGAAAUUAAACGACGUUUCCGAAUGGUUUAUGUACCAAAUUGGUUUUCGGUUGAUUUAAAAAUGGGUAUGUUGACCAUACACCUAGAAGAACCAGAUUGUUUUAGCGCCUAUGUAUCAGCUCGUGAUUUUGGUCUUCAAACCAUCGGAACUGGCAGUAGUGAUAAUGAUAGUCAAGCCAGUACUGGAAAUGUUACAACAAACAAUACUUCAUCAUCAUCAUCAUCGACACAACAGGAUGCUAAAAUCAAUCUUGGUUGUUUAGUACUUCAAGCUUUGUUUGAAUAUUGGCCUCAAAGUCAUACUCAUCUAGUUGAUAAUGAUAUUUCGAAAACUAUUGAUUCUCAUGGUGAUUCUUCCAUGUGUAAUGGUAAUGAUCAACAUUCGCAUAAACAUCAUUCACAUAGUAAUGGCAAUGUUAGUGGAUCAUAUUCUUCAAGACAUCAUCCCGAUUUGCAAGGGCCGAUUAAUCGAUAUUUUUCGAUACCACCACAUACACCUUUAAUAAUUAGUGAGAAUAGUAGUCCGGGUGGUUCGCAACAUCGAACACUAUUGAGAAUAAGAAUCUGUGAAGCAAAACAAGAUAAUGAAAAUGGACAUUUACAAGAAAUGGUGCCUAUUUGGGUGAAUAAUAUUGUUGUCGAACGUAAAUGGCCUGCGUUCAAUAAAAUAUCUUUUUUUGUACAUCCUCAUCCAUCGAUGGAAUUGAAAAACUCGAAAAAAGAACAUUUUAGUGCCAUUGAUAUGUUACUGAUUCGCAAAGUGAUUGAACAUGUUUAUACAAAAAUAUGUAGAGAAUUGUUUGAUCAACAUUCAAGCAAUGUUAAUUCAAUGUCAUCACAACAACAUACAACAGUUGGUCCAACCAAUAGUUCUUCCAGCAAUUGUUCAACGCCAGUUACGAAUAAUGGUCCUUCCUAUCAAUCAGCUAAUAAUGGUGCAAUGAAUGGAAAUAAAUCAUUGACAACAGGUAAUCCUCAUACCACCAAUCAUAAUCACCAUCAAUCCCAUGGCCAUAAUUCUCAUCAUCAUCAUCACCAUCAUCAUUAUCAUCAUCAACAUUGUAAUAGUACUUGUAGUACACGAAGUUCAAGUAGUUCUAGUAGUGCUGGUAGUAUGUGCAGUAGACAUUCAUCUUCAUGUCAUGCUGCAAAUGGUAAUACUACCUCGGAUAGUCCUUUGAAUCAAAAUGGGCAAACAGCCGUCAAAGAAAAUGGACAAGAUAAUGAUGCUGCCGCAAAUUAUUGUUCGACUGCAGCGGAAGAACGUGUCGAAUUACUUUGUCAAGAUCAAGUUUUAGAUCCAAAUAUGGAUCUAAGAACUGUUAAACAUUUUAUAUGGAAAUCCAGUGGCGAUCUGAUACUUUAUUAUCGACCAAUCAAAUAAAAUUCAAAAAAAAAAAUUACUCACUUUCAAUUCAUCCACUUUUCAACAAAAUCAACGGUGCAUUAUAAUAUAUGUUGUUUCUCUUUCAUUGAAUUUUUUUCUUCUUCAAAAUUUUCAUUUCACCAUAUCUCUCAUCUCAUCUCAUUAAUUAUUGAAUGCACCCAUUAUAAAUAUAAUCGAAAACUGUUUGCAAAUCAACACAUUCUUCAAAUAAUAUCACGAAAGAAACAUGACACGAUUU